GUAAUUCUCAACAAUUCGAACGAUGUCUUUGUUUUGAAUACUGAUUAAUUUGAAGGGAUUGCUCAAAAUGUCGGCUUCUAUUGAUCAAAUAUUUCACACUGGCUUGCUAGAUUUACCUUGUCAUCGUUUACUUGAAGUACAGUGCCUAAAGUUGAGAAAACCUCUCGUCUGCCUAAGUCCAGUUGCGAAAAUGCAUAUCGUUAAUUAUACUUUAAAUAUAGUAAAAAGUCUUUGUGAUACUACUGCUCCCAGUUGUAUUGGCGAUAUUAUACAAUGCAUAGAUUACUGUUUUCCGGAGAAACUUAAACCUUCUCCUCAAUUUUUGGAUGAGGUUCAAUCUCAGGUUGAGAAAGGGAAAAGAAAAACAUUGUAUAUUUCUGCUGAUAAAGUCUUUUCCUGCUUCAAGUUGGUGUUUCCACGCAUGGAAUCGAAUGUAUCCUUGUUCCUGACACAUCUGAUGGAACAUAUUAUGGGACAAAUCGUUCAGUGGGUUGUAAAUUACGAGUCGAAAAUUCAGUCAGGAUAUAUUGAGGCUACAGAUGUUCAUCAUAUCUUCAGUUUAUUUGGAGCACCAAAACUAUCAAAAUCACCAGUUUGUUAUUCCCUCCCGUUCCUACCUAGAAAGUCUGCAGACUAUAAAGAUUAUGCAAAAGAAAUUCAGUAUUUAUUGCGAUUCAGUGUCCAGCACCUUGGAAUCGUUGUACGCAUUUUUGGUGACUCACUUAUGGAAGAGUUGUCGCAUGUCCGGAUUGUUACAGAGUCACUUCUUACUGAAUGUGAAGAUACCCGUAAUAUUAACCAGACAGCUCGACGUUUACUAGCUGCUAUUAAAUCUGCUCAGCUUGUUUUUGAUCGUGCUUCAGAAGUGCAUAGUCACGUAACUGUGCUAAGUGAGUGUAUCGACGAUGCUUUUGAGGAACAAACUCGUCUCAUCGGUUCAUGUUUGAUAGAAGCUGCAGAAGACGGAACAUUGUACAACUUUGCUCACUAUGCAGAUACACUUUUUAGUAGCGAUUGUCGUGAGUGGAUAAGUAUUUUAGCUCAAACACCUUGUAUUAUGCGGACAAUGGCAAAUGAAUUUCAGAAGAUCCUACAAGUCACUCUUAGCAAUGCAUCUAGUCGUCGUCAAGCUGAGAUAAAAUUACGUUUUUCUGAUCCACAUUCAUGUCAAUUAUGUACCACAAGUUUUGGUUAUGAUCCAAUUGGUCUGACAUCUUCCGGACCAUCUUCGGGUUCAUGUUGUGUUCUAACCCAUCACUCUGACAGUCCACAAUCUUACUGGUCGAGUAUGUUAUCUGGACACACUAACUAUAGUGGUACGAGUACAAGUGUUAGCAGUGCAAGUAGUUCAGUUGACCAUGUUACUACUAUGCCUGUACCUUUCAGUCCUAUUUUUACAAGCCGCGGAUUUAAUCAUUCUUCAUCUUUCACAUCAUUUACAAAUCCACGACAACCUAAGGCAACAGAUCAUUUUCUAUAUAAUAAUAUGAAACAUAUAUCUGGUCAAAGAUCAGUUAGCAAUUCACCAUCAUCUCUUCAACCAUUUCACAAAUCUAUACUGGAAUCUACAAAUCAAGACAUCAAUCACGGUCAAACUACGGAAGUAAUUGGUUUAUCAACAUCAUCUUCAUCAUCUGCAAUCAAUGAUGACAGCAUAAAAACUAAUCCUGAUAAUGAGUCAUCUAGUGUGCAUGAAAAAGGUUUCUCAGAUGAUACUGAUAACUGUUCUUCAGAACCUGGUUCAUUCAAAGAAAAUCAAGCACAAUUAAUGGAACUUUUUAAUUUUAGUAGUGACAUGACUAGCAUUUUACCAACUUGUAAUCAUAUGGUAAUCGCUUUUCGUUAUCUUCUACCUCAACUUCUGCUUCUACCAAAUUUCCAAUUGUUGUAUCUAGCAGAUCAUAUUGAGGCUCUAUAUACUCAUGCUACUGAAGAAAAUGAACAAUCGACUCUCAAAGAUGUAAUAUCCCUGCUAUCGAAAACCCGGUCCACUGUAUCUAAUGCAUUAUUUAAUCAAGACUGGGUGAAAUCUGUCUCUCCGACGUUAGCUUUCUUCUUGAAAACUCCUUUCUGUUCUAAUCUCUAUCCAGCUGAAGGUAGAAGUAAAUUGGAAGAAUUGAUUUCUUCAGUUCGUCGUAUGCAACACUCUUCUGAACUUCCACUUGUUAUGUCCGAGUUUCUGAUGGAUGGCCCAGUGCAAGUAAGAGUUGAUCAUGGUCGGCCAAAGAAAUCUGAACGAAUUGCCUACUUGUUUAGUAAUUGGCUUUUAUUGUGUAAAAAGCAAAAACGUGUACUAAGUAACGUUGUGUCAUCGUCGUCAUCAUCCAAUGCAAACUAUGUGUUAAAAGUGAAAAAACGCAUUUGCCUAGAACAGUUUCAUAUAAUCGAUGUAGCUUCAGAGUUCAGUGACAAUAAUGGUAUGUUAUUCCUCUUUGACUUGGAAUGUUGGGAAGCUCCUAAACUAUCAUCUAUCAUGUCUAAUGUACAAACAAACACAACUAGUUCGUUUAAUGCCAAUACACUCUCGUCUUGUAAUUCUUCUGUUUUACAAGCAGAAACACAGUCUGUACUCUCUGGUUCAUCCAAUCAUCAUUACCAACUUCAACUUGGCAGUGUACUUUCUGUUUCUACACUUACAAGUACUAACACAUUGAUUGAUCAUACCGUUGACUUAAAUAAUAUUGGAAAUAAUAAUAAUAAUGAAAAUGACAAAUCAUUAAUUCUACCAACCGCUGGUGAUGCAGUGGAAGCUUCAAACAAUGCUUUAUUGGAAGUGAUCUCAUCUUAUCCAAAACAGCGUUUCACAUUUAUUUUCUACAAUAAAGAAGAUAAAGCCAAUUGGAUAUCAGCUUUAGUGUAUCUUCAUUUAGCUAGACUGUUUAAACGAUAUCUCACGUCCCUCCCUCGUCAAGAUCUUCCUUUAAUUUUACCAUCUCCUUCAGUUUACCGAUAUGCUGUUCCCGACUCUCCAUCUAAUAUUAUAUUUGAAUCUUCUCAAACAGAUGGUAGCGCAGGAAUUCCUGUUAUUCGUGCUGCUACAAUUUUGAAACUUAUUGAACGAAUGACAUAUCAUGAAUAUUUUGAUAAUAAAACUUUGAAUGCAUUUCUUUUGACAUACCGACGUUAUAUUACUUCGCUGGAGUUGUUGGAUUUAUUAAUUGAACGCUUUAACAUACCGAAUCCAGAUUUUACCGAGGCUGCUAAUGAAACAUUCAAUUCAAUCAAAGAACGUGAUGGUUCACUUACUGUUGCUUUACGUUUAGAACAACGUUUCCGUUCAGUGUAUAAACGGCGUGUACAAUACAGGGUUUUAAAUUUCAUUAUUAAAUGGGUGAAAAAUUCUUCUUACUAUAAACUUGACAUAUUACCAGAUGCUGUAUUACGCAGUAGAUUGUGGGAUUUUCUAGACACUGUAGAUGCUCGUAAUUUAUCUGACAAUGUGACAAAUAUUCGUAAAUCUCUUCUUGGUGAUAGAAUAAGAUUAAUUCAAACAAUUGAACAACUUCCACCUGAACAACUUGAUUUCGGUUUGGUUACAUCAUCAGAUGACGUGAAAUUAACCACAGUUCAUCCGUUAGAAUUCGCACGUCAGGUAACACUAUAUGAAUGGGAGUUAUAUUCCCGCAUUGAAUUUUGGGAAGUCACUGGUAAGGAAAAAAUCAAAUCUCCCAAUUUCGAAUUAUCACUCCAGUUUUCCAAUAAGUUUAAAUGUUGGUUAGUUAGUUCGAUAAUGUCAGCUGAACAUUUAGAAGACAGAAUGGUUAUUAUGCAACGUGUCGCUGAUCUAUUAGUAUACUUCGAUAGUUUGAAUAAUUUACAAGGUGUUCAAGAAGCCAAAGCUGCUCUAUUAAGUUCUCCAGUAUUUCGACUAAGUGAAACCUACGAUGCUUUAAUCUCCAAAUCAAAAUGUCAUUAUCGUAACUUUUUUGAAUCAUUGCGUCAGUUCGUUCAAGAUGAUUGCGCAAACGUUUAUUUUACCGAUUAUCAAGAGAAAUUGCAUCGAAUUCAUCCACCAGGUCUCCCGUUUAUUGCAGUUGGGGAUAAGACACAACUGAUACAUUUAGAAUUGAAGCAUCCAGAUUGGGUAAAUGCUUCUACAUUGCCAUUUCCAACUGUACCAGACACACAGAAUUCUAAUAGUGGUUGUUUGGUUAACUUUUGGAAGUGUCGUCAAUUAGCUGAACUUGUUGAAUAUUAUUUGUCUUUUCAACAAACUCCAUAUAAUUUCUCCAUAAAUAAGUCUAUCCGCGGUUUCCUAGAGACAUUAAACCCAUUGAAUACAUGGGGUGUUGACAGUGAGAACUUAUUUGACGAUAUUAUGUAUGAAAAAUCUUUGAAAAUUCAGCCUAAGCGAUCUGAUUCAUUUUGUACAGUAUCUCGUGAACGUAAUCUAAAGCCUGUAGAAAUAAAAAUCGCAGCUGCAUUAAAUCUUGUUCAACCGGAUCCCAAGUUAACUGCUGACUCACGGGAGUUUCGUAGUCUUCUUCAGAUGAUUUCUACUGUUACAAACCGUUCAUCAAACCUAACUUCAACAUCCGAAAACCAAUUUGUGAAAGAGUUUUCUAAUAUACCUGAUAAAGCUGUUGAGCAGACAAGUGAUAAGUCAAAUACAGUUGCAUCCUUAACAUUAAAGGACCCUUUGUCAUCUCUCCGAAAUUCUAAUGGUAAUUCAUUUCUAAUGUCUGAUACUGACAAACGUUCAAGUCAUUUGAAAUCAAUUUUAAUGAACACCUGUACUACUACUUCAUCGUCAUCACCUGUAACAUUUCUUCACAAUGAUAGUUCUCAAUUUACAUCAGUCGAUACUCUCCCCGUUAAUGCUCAUAUUAAAGGUGAUAAUGCACAAAUUGUGUGCAUUUCUUCCCCACCGCCUCUACCUCCUCGAAUUAGUAGGUCGAUUCAGCGAAAUGUGCAUUCAGAACAGUUUAGCAAUCCAAUCGCAACAUUUCAAGAAUCCUCUCAUGGUGUAUCUAACUACACGUUUUCAGAUAUCAGAGGUACGUUUAUUAAUAUGACAAAUGAUCUCUUAUUACAUUGUUCAUGCCUAUAGGAUUUUGUAAAUGCUAAAUUUUUGAUGAGAUUGGGAUUUUCAAGGGAAUAUUCACAUGUGCUUAGAAUGAACAAAAUUAUGUUUCCUCAUUUUAUUGAAAAAUUUCUUUUGGAAGUCACAAAUUUUUAGAUGAAAAAGUGAUCUUUUCUGGUUAGCGGUUUUUUAGAAAGGUUCUUUUUUAAGGUGUGAAGUUGCUAGCCUCAUGUUCAACAUUCCCUCUUUAUCUGGGUUUGGGACCGGUAGUAACUCUAGAAGAGCUCCAGCUCAACGAUCUUCAGAUAUACUGGAAUAAUUUGGCAUUUUAUCUUCUAAUUUCGUCAUAUUGAGUUUAAAAGUGAAAGGAGCUCUCAUUUUUUGCAUAAAAUAUCAAGUUUUUAGGUUUUGGUAAUCCUCUUUAAUAACAAAAAGUUAAGGUUUCUAAAAUUGUCAAGUUUUAUGAACUUGUUUGAUAGACACUGUCAAAUGAAGUGUUUAAGUAAACGUUUACAUUAAGUACUCAUUGAUGAAAGCACUUAGUUCUCAUCAGGUAACGACUACUUUUGAUCUAUUUUCUAUCAAUUUUAACUAUUGUUGAACAAGUUAAUAAAUAAGAUUUUCUACCAUUCUAGUUGUUGCUAAAUGAUCCUAAUAUAUCUUGCUAUUCAUUUUGUUUAGUCAGAAAUAUUGUCUACAAGGGAUUCGUCUUCGAUCGUUUUCAACGUACUGAUGUUGUCCAAUAUAUAGCGACUUAAUAACUUUACUCAUACAUAGAUACCUUAAGUUGAUGAUGCAAUUAAAUUGUUUCUCCUAAGAGUGUGAAGUUAAAAUAAUAUUACUCAACUCUGACAAAAGUCAUCCUCUCACAUUACACAUGAACUAUAAUCAUACGAAUUGCUUCCCAUUAUUUGUAGAGUUCAAAAGAAAGACGACGUAUUCAAUCGAAUGAUUAUUUUUAUAUUUAUCAGUGCUAUGGUUGCACGAAGUAUAUCAUCUAACUUCAGUUUACACUUAUUCAACAGGUGCGGAUAACCAGACAUUAUUGACACAUACGUACUUGGAUAGGUAGCUGCACAACUCAUAAGCUUACUAUUAAUAUACAUGUUUAUAUCCGUUCAGGGUCAUUUUCUUUUUAGUAGCUUGAUAACAUAAGCUCUUGCCAUCCAAUGAUAGGUAAAUUAACUAUCUAAAUGUUAAAGGUGGUAAAAUUUUGAUUUCGUUCAAACACUUAAAGAUAUUUACCGCGUUUACAGUUUCCAUCGAACUGGUAAAAGAAGGGGAAUAGCAACUAUGAGAAUUACGUAGUUUGUACCGGUGAACCAGGGAUCAUCAAAUAUUUUCUUAUCUUAUAAUCGAUACCACAAACUGGUUUCAGUUAAAAAAACAUUAAAAAAGGGAAUUUCUGGACAUCUGUUUCGUCCUAGUGUGGGACUUUUCGAGUGUCCAUUCACGACCUCAUUACUAGCUAUCCAUUGCUUCCUGAUUUUCAGUGAUCGUUUGACUAAGACCUGUCUAUGAUAUUAACUGUGAAGUUGCCAAAGUGAUCUUUAUAAACCCCUGUAAUAUUUUUUUUAUUCAUCUGUCUCUGUGGUCUUGGUACUAAAAUGUAUCAAUUACUUAGCUUAUUCAAACUCAAGUUAUAAUAAUGUUAAUAGAUUUUAUUCAUUUAAUGAACAUAGGUACUGGUACAACUGAUCACCAAAAUAAAUAUACUCCAUACAAAUGGGGAAAUGAAAUUUUAAGGAGACAAAUUGCGUGAAUGAAAAUAUCUGUCCUGGUCGAAACAGCUGGUGAUUUUAGAUAGUGCUAUUAAUUGAGUUGUCUUCAAUGUAUCCGACCACACAUUUGCUACAACUCAAUAUCUUGAAAUAGUGGAUUCACUGACUUGGAUAUUUGUUUUGAGUAGGAAAUACGUUUUGCAUCACAACUAUAUUCUUGUAUUGUAUAACUAUUUUUUGCUUAUUUACAUGAUUGAUAAUAAACAAUCACACUCUGAAUGUAUUUUCUUAAUACCAAGGUAAGUCUAAAAUGAAUCUCUAGUUUUAUCAUAGACAUGUACAUAUAGUUGCAAAAUAUUCGAGCUUUUUUAGGCUAUCAGGUUUAUUUUACAAAGAGUAGUUUCUCUUUAUUACUAAUCUUUUUCACCCAUAUUAUUAUAGAUAUAUCACCUGCAGGGUGCUUUCCAACCAACGUUACCAUGACUGCUACUCACGGUGAUAUUUCGCAGCUCCCAUUAGAUAUCUCUUUGGAGUUAGAAAAUUCAUCUGCAAUCAAUAAGUCGGCUACAUGCGACGAUUUUGACCCUCCCCCAAGACCAUCUCAUCGUAGAUUAACUUCUUUAUCGUCUAUAACAGGUGAAAAAUGUCUCUUUUGGUCAAAUAUAGUCACCAAAACUCCAGAUAACAUUAAUAUCAGUACAAAUAACUCGAUAGAUAAUGUAUCAAAUCCACCUAUUCUACCUCCUCGUAUUCAUCAUCAUGGUGGAGAAGUAAAUUCAUCUCGAUUAUUUAAAAAUAAUAGUCCAAUAAUUCAAGAUACUAAUACUCCAAAAGAGGAUAGUUUAUGUAUAAAUUCUGGAUUAACAGAUUCAUCUCAUAUUUUAUCACAUAAUUUAACAAACAUAAAUCGUUCGUUGUCAUCUCCACCACCACCUCCAUUGCCUCCGAAAAAAUCCACCACUCCAAAUACCUAAAAAAAUAUGUAAAUAUUAUUUUGUUUUGCUCUAUAACAAUAAUUUUGUUCUUGUAUAGGUUGUCAUUUUUUUCAUUCAAUACUACUUAUUACUUACUAUUUUCACUUAUAAUAAAUGUAAUUAAAUUACUUUCUUUCGACAUCAUUCAAAGAUAUAUAUAUUUCUCUAUAUAAAAAAUAAACAUUUUCUUUUCUAACGAAUUCUUCUCUUUUCAUUACCUUUUGUAUAUAAUACUUAUGUGUAUUUCUAUUAUAUUACACUUUGUAAUAUCUCCGUGUAUUUGUUUACUUUCCGAUUUAAAUUUAUUGUGUUUUCUUUUUGUCUUUGAUGGAUUAUUUCUGUAAAAAACAAUCUAUAUAUAAUAACUUUCUCAUCUAACCUCCUUUGUUAAUAUUAUCCGGUAUAAUUAAUUUCCUCCAUCUCUUCAUUUCCGUCUUUUUUUGCACUUCCAAUUUCUAUGCAAUGAAUGAUGUACAUCAAUAUGACAGUUAUAAACUGCAUGUAUAUCCGUCUGUGAAAGUGUUUUUAUAAAGGUGGAUUUACUUACUACUCUUGUUAAGAUUUACACUGGUUUAUGGAACCCUAUAUAUAUAUAUAUAUAUAUAUAUAUAUAUAUAUAUAUAUAUAUAUAUAUAUAAUUAUUGUAAAGUAGUUUGUUUGAAUAAAUGAUUAUUUUC